UCACACCCUCUCACCCCAUCCCUCCCAUAUCCUCGCCACCCCCCACCGCCGCACACCACGGCUCCUUAGGCAUCCCUCCUUCUGGCUCACAGCAACAGUUCCAUGGGCAUCAGGGUCCCGAGCAGGCAGCCAGCAUAGCCCACCCACAACGGGGGCUACUAAACGGGGCGAGACGACACCACACACAGCUCGCUAGCCCCCACUGUUGGCUUAGCGCUCCCUCCCUCUCUGUUUCUCCCUCCCUCACUCUCUCUCUGUCUUUCUCUCUCUCUCUCCUCUCCGUCUUAGCGCACGCUGUUGCUUGCUGCUCACAAUCCUACAACGGCAUCAGCAGCAUCGGCAGUUUGCAGCAGCAGCAGCUAAAUUUACAGCAGUGGUAGCAGCAAUUGUAGCUAAAGCAAUCGCAGCAACAGUGUUAUAUACAGGAGCAGCAGUAAUUGCAGCAGCAGCAGCAGGAGAAGGAGGAGGAGCGUCUACAGCAAUAAUAGCAGCGGCAAUAUCAGCAGCAGCGGCUGCGGCGGCGGCGGCGUCGGCAGCGUCUGCAACAGGCGACACACAGCAGAAACAGCAGCAGUGAGCCCAUUUGCUUUGGAUGUGCCAGGCCAACUGUCCCCAUGAUCAGCUCGGUGUGCGUCUCCACGUACCGGGGCCGCCCUGGGGGUAACAAGCCCUUUAGCAAGGCGGUGCUGAAGCAGGAGGAGGAGGCGACGGUGGCGUGCGACGAGGAGCGAGUCGUCAUCAACGUGGGCGGCGUGCGCCACGAGACGUACCGUAGCACGCUGCGCACGCUGCCCGGCACGCGCCUCGCGCUCAUGCUCGACUGCCCCCCGCCGCCGCCGCCGCCGCCACCCCAUCACCAUCACCAUCAUCCUCAUCAUCAUCCGCUUCACGCCCCCCCUCCCCUUCACGCCCCUCUUCCCCCCGAACCACCUCAACAUCCGCCGACGCCGCCACGGCCCUCCUCCCCGUGCGCCUCGGCUCCGUCGGCCUCGCCGUCCCCACCGCCGACGCAGCAGCCGUCGCUGGCAGCGGCGUCAUCGGCGUCAUCGUCAUCAUCGGCCGCCGCGAUCGCGAUUCCGCAUUCGCCGUCGCCGCUUCCUCCUCCUCCGCCGCCGCCGCCGGCGUCGUCGGCGUCGGCGUCGCCGCAGUCGCUGUCCGAGAUGCACUUCUUCGAUCGGCACCCCGGCGUGUUCGCCUACGUGCUCAACUACUACCGCACGGGCAAGCUGCACUGCCCCGCCGACGUGUGCGGCCCCCUGUUCGAGGAGGAGCUCGCCUACUGGGGCAUCGACGAGACGGACGUGGAGCCCUGCUGCUGGAUGAACUACCGGCAGCACCGCGACGCCGAGGAGGCGCUGCACAGCUUCGACCUCCCCGAGGCGCGCGGCGACUCGCCGGACCUCCCGGCCGCCGACGACGACGACGACGACGGCGGCGGCUUUGACGACGACGGCGGAGGCGGCGGAGGCGGCGGAGGCGGUGGAGGAGGAGGGACGGCCUCGGGCGGGGGAGGCAAGAGGAAGGGACGUGGGCUCGUGAGCGACGCCGUCAAGCCCAGGGCCUGUUGGAGACGCUGCCAGCCCAGGCUGUGGGCGCUCUUCGAGGACCCGUACUCGUCACGUGGGGCCCGGUAUGUGGCAUACAUCUCGCUUUUCUUCAUCCUCGUCUCCAUUACCACAUUCUGCCUGGAGACCCACGAAGCCUUCAACGUCCCCCGGAGCCCCCAGCCCGGCGAGCCCUCGUCCGGCCACGGCCACGGCGGCGGUGGGGGACGCAGCGGAGACCCGGACGCCGAUCGGCCGUCGUAUGCCAACGCUAGCGGCACUACCGUCGUGCCACUGUCACCGAUGCCCACCGAGUCGACGGAAUACGAGACGGCGCCAGCGCUCAUGUACAUCGAGGGCAUGUGCGUCGUGUGGUUCACCAUCGAGUUCAUGGUGCGCAUCCUCACAAGCCCCAACAAGCGGGAGUUCAUGAAGAACAAGCUGAACAUCAUCGACCUCAUCGCCAUCCUGCCCUUCUACCUGGAGGUGGGGCUGUCCAACUUGAAGUCCAAGGGGGCGCGCGAGGUGUUGGGGUUCCUGCGGGUGGUGAGGUUUGUGCGGAUCCUGCGGAUCUUCAAGCUGACGCGCCACUUCGUCGGCCUCCGCGUGCUGGGCCACACGCUCAAGGCGAGCACCAACGAGUUCCUGUUGCUCAUCAUCUUCCUAGCCCUCGGCGUGCUCAUCUUCGCCACCAUGAUCUACUAUGCCGAGCGCCUCGGCGCCAAGCCCGGCAUCGAUGAGGACAAGACACACUUCACGAGCAUCCCCAUCGGCUUCUGGUGGGCCGUGGUGACGAUGACGACGCUGGGCUACGGUGACAUGUACCCCAAGACAUGGUCGGGCAUGCUGGUGGGAGCGCUGUGUGCGCUCUCGGGCGUGCUCACCAUCGCUAUGCCGGUGCCCGUCAUCGUCAACAACUUCGGCAUGUACUACUCGCUGGCCAUGGCCAAGCAGAAGCUGCCCAAGAAGAAGAACAGCUACAUGCCCAAGGUGGCAGCUGCCAUGGGGGUGGGGCCGGCCGCGAUCGCGAUUGCGGCACCGCACCAGUUCGGGCAGCCGCCCCCCUCCACGCCGACGCCGCCACCGCCGUCGGCUUCGCCCUCUCAGCUUCUGCAGCGCAGGAACUCGGCGCAGAAGAAGGAGUGCGUGACACCCGCCCGCAGGCGCGCCGUGGCCUCCAUAGUGGCGGCCGUGAGCGGUAGCGGCGGGCGGGCCGGGACGAGCCUCGAGGGGGUGGUGCCGCUGGCCGGGCGGCCGCACAGCUGCGGUGGGUGCGGCGGCGGUCAUGCCGGCGGUGGUAGCGGUGCUGGAGGAGCGGGUGGGGGUGUUUGGGCCAGCGUGGUGGAUGUGGUGGAUGUGGAGCAUUUGCCCGACCCGAAGCAGAACGGGGAGGCCGGAGCACUGCUGGUGUGCACCGAGGUGGCCGGCCUGGCCGCCCACGACGCUCUGGGGGAAGAGCUCGCCGACAUGGAGGCGGGGCUCGCGGAGAGGGGAGCGGGGCGAUUGGGACGAGGGACGGGCCCCACAGAUGACGGACAGCGGCGAGACAGCCAACCGGAGGAGACAAGACUUCUGCUGUCUCCUGCCGAUGGGGACCUCCACAAAGAAAAUUGCAAAGAUGCAGGGUUCCUGUCGAGCUACAUCAAACCGGACGGCAUCACUCUCACAUAAAGCAACUCGUAUGUAAAAUUCCACAAAUGCAAGACGAAGAAAAGUGUAAAGAAAACGCACAGCAACUGCAUCGUUCCUUGGUAACGAGUUGUUCCAGAUUCGGCGGCAUAAAGCUGUAAAGUUGAGCGUUUUUGAGUGUUUUUUUCUUUCAGCUAGCAGUUGAGCAGUUGUUUUCAUGAAUCUAGGAGAGAGAGGAAAAAAAAACCCUGUGGAAAUAUUUUUGUUCCAACCUCAGUUUUUUUUGUUGUUAAAAGAGCCCAGCUCACUCUUUGCAAAAAUCGAGACUUUCUUUGGCCUCCUGAGUUCUCAGCUGGUUUAAUGAACUCAACGAAGUUUAUCGUUUUGUCCGCGUAAAAUUUAUUCAGGAAAAUAAUAAGGACAUUUGAAGUGGGGGGCAGGUGGGGGUGGUGUGGUUGGGGGGGGGGCAUGUUUGAGUGUGUGUUGUGAAACCCCCGCGAAAAACUUUUUUGGGAAAAACAUCUGAAAGUUAGAAAAAAAGGUGACGUUAAUUGUGAAAGUGGCCUCGUGAAAGUGGCCUCUUGAGACAGAAAAAUACGUGGCAAGUUCCUUGCUCGGUGGAACCGAGCUGUUCGAGGGGCGCCAAGAAUAUAUGAAAACGUACGAAAUGUAAGAGAAAUGUUCCAAAUAAUAUUUUGAGAAAAUGUACUUGA